AUGGCGAAGCACGGCUUCCUGUGGCUGGCGGCGCUGGUGACCACGGCACGGAGCUUCCCCUCCUUCCGGCACCACGUGCCCAACGGCCUCCGAGUGCCGUGCCCCAGCGGCGCCACGGGAUGCGACCUGGGCGAUGCCAGUCUGGGUGAGCCGGACUCGGUGUGCCGUGGCUUAG